GCUCACUAUGAGGCGCAAGGCAUUAUUAAUGAGCGUGCGUCCCAGGGAUGUGGAACAGUUAUGUCAGAAACAGAAUCAAUAUUUACUUGGCAUUGUGUUUAAAAGGUCAUUUGGUCCAAACCUGUACAUGAUCUCCAUUUCACAGUUGGAACUUCACUUUCGGCGGGGGCACACUAUGCUAGUCCGUGUCUUGUUUCGGGAAAGUAUGAUACGAUAUGGCCGAACAAAAGAGCAGAAAAUGGCAAUAGAGAAAGGCAAUGGAAACAAUGAAGGUGGUGAUCCUGCUUUGGGUUUGAAGUCAAAGGACCGGAUGAGUUCUAAUAGAGGAAGGAGAGAGAGAAGAGAAGAAGCUGGCGCUACAACGGCGUUCUUAAAUAGCAUUCUUCCUUCAUGGGACUGAUGAGAGCCAGCGG